GUGCACUAAUACACCACACUAAUAGGAUUGUGAGGAGCGAUUUAGUCCUCCAAGGCUCCAUUCACAUCUUCAGUCACAGCCAGGUGAGCCUGAGGGACAGACAUGAAGGACCCACAGCUCCCAGCCAUCAAAGCCCGCCUGUGGCCGAAGCAGAAAGGGGGCAAAAAAUCCAAAGAUGAAGCUCCAGCUGUUGAAAAAUCACCCAAGAAGACCCCAGCCUCCCCCGCCAUAUCUGCCAUCCCACAGCUGACCGAAGAGGAGAGAAUGAGGCAGACACCGUUUGAGAGGGUCGUCUACGACAUGGCCCACAACGAGAGGAUGGUCAAUGACCUGAUGCUCGGGCGAAGAGUUGGCUUCUACGAGCUGCGUGGAGAAGUCGGGCAGGGGAAUUUCUCCACGGUCAGGUUGGGCAUCCACGCCUUGACGAAAGAGAGAGUCGCUGUCAAAAUCAUGGACAAAAUGCGUCUGGAUAAGAGGAGCCAGCCGCUGAUGUCCUCAGAGAUCAGCUGCAUGGAGAAGCUGUGCCACCCCAACAUAGUGCGUCUGUACGAGGUGAUGGAGACCAGCAGGAAGCUGUAUCUGGUGAUGGAGUACGGCAGCAGUGGGGACCUGUUCUCCAGAAUCACCACUAGGGGGAAACUGAACGACCUGGAAACCAAGCUGGUGUUUGCACAAAUCAUCUCUGCUGUAAAACACAUGCAUGACAACAACAUCAUCCACAGAGACCUGAAGGCGGAGAACAUCUUCUACACCACCAGCUACUGCAUCAAGGUGGGAGAUUUCGGCUUCAGCACAGAGACCGGCCCCAAUGAGCUCCUCACAAACUUCUGUGGCUCCCCACCAUACGCUGCUCCUGAACUGUUUAAGGACAAAGGUUACAUUGGACGCUACUCAGACACCUGGGCUUUAGGUAUUCUCUUGUACUUCAUGGUGACGGCCACCAUGCCCUUCUACGGGGAGAGCAUGGGGAGGCUGAAGCGCUGCAUCCUUCAGGGGGCCUACAGUAUUCCUGCGUAUGUGCCCGAUGCGUGCCAGCUGGUCAUUAAGGGCAUGCUGCGGCCUGUGCCUAUCGAUCGCUCGACUCUAACGCAGAUUACAAACAGUACGUGGCUGAAGGGGAUUGAGUACCCUGGUCCAUAUGCCAUGCUGCCCCUGUCACCGGCCCACUUUGCCCAGGAGGACCAGGCUUUGUGUGUGGAGGAGCAGGAGGCGAAGAGCUUGCUGUCAGAUCUGGGUAUUGUGGCAGUCCAUUUCCAAAACAAUCCCUGCAAAGACUGUAGGAGCCCUUUGACUGGGACCUACCGGAUCCUUCUCCAUCGGGUCCAGAAGAGGAGGUCAGUGGAGGCUGUUGGUUAUUCAGCGCUUAACCCUGAAGAGUACGAGAGUCCAAAGCCGUGGUCUGUGACACCUGUGGCCAAACAAACUCCUACAGCUGUCUGUGUUCUGCUGUAAAGAGAAAUAACUGGAGUGGACUUGCUUUAGUUGUUGCACUUUAUCACAUACACAUGUGUCCAUGCAUGCUGAUACUCCUUCAGUCACUUCAGGCUCCUGUACUCGCUGAGGCAUUAUGUUACAUGUUGAGAAAUACUCAAGUUGUGUUGUGCAAUACUGGGCUGAAAUGUUGACAAAAGGAAUUUGAGGUCGGAGCCGAAGGGUUUCUCUGUCCCACGGUAUAAGUCAAUUAUAGCUUAUGGACUAGGGCACAUCUCAAGUAAUUACCAAUGGCUUUGUGUUCUAAUUAUUCACCAACAAAAGCUUACUGACGCACAACAUUCAUCAAUCAGUGUAUGGCUAUCAGCAUCUUCCAAUCCCUUUUAGUCAGAGCAUAAAUCUACCAAACUAAUCCGGGGCUACAGGUAAUCCUAAUAAGAUAAACACUGGGGACAUGCUUGGGUUAGAGAAAUGAAACCUGGCACUGUUUAAAAAUGUCCUGGGAAAAUGACAUGAGGCAUAGAAAAUAGUUAGGACCACAUGAGGCCAGAGACAAAAUGUAAAACCAGUCUGCAGCCCUCUUUAGUUGUUGCAACACAUUCUCUCUCAACUCAUCAAAUACCAACACUUGGUCAGUGGCCCUAGAUAACCCCCUAGCAUUAGUUUUUGAUGCUCAGGGACACUGUGUCAAGUUACACUUCAAAAUAAACUUCCGUUUUACAGUUUCCAUUUGUUAAAUACAUACUGUUUCUUUUCAAAAUAAACUUCCUACAUAGGUUAAAAAAACUUGUUUCAAGGUUUACUUCCUUAGGUUUAGGCCAGGGGUCAGCAACCUUUACUAUCAAAAGAGCCAUUUUUGGACAAAACAAUGUUAAAAAAAAAUCUGUCUGGAGCUGCAAAACACAGCCUGUUGAAUCUAUGUUUUCUUUUUUGGAUUUGGAAUCAAUAGCUAGCCUCACUAAGGAGACUCGAGACUAACUAUUGCUAUUGAGAUUUGGCAAAUUUUAGGAAAAGGCGCCAGGCCGUAGACAUAUGACGCACAUCGUUGACAAGAUGUCUGAACUUUGUUUUUUAAUUCAGUGUAUCGGCUACACAUUUAUACAACUGGAAAUUGUAAGAAUCACAUUAGGAAUACAACAAUGAUAAAUGAAAAUUAAACAUUAAAAAAUAGCUGUUAUUCAUUACAUAUAUUUUUUUUGUCAAAGUCACAGGGAGCCACUGGAGAAAAGCUGCAUGAGGCUCCUGAGCUGCAGGUUGCCUACCCCCUGGUUUAGGCAGCAAAAACACAUGGGUUCGGAAAAAAACAUCAUGGUUUGGCUUAAAAUAAAUACAUUUGUUACAAACAUCAUGUAACAUAUGUGAUUAGUGCACUACACUCUCUCGCUCUUUAUACUACAGCAAUUGCUUGGAGCAUCAAAAAAGCCACCCCCGGCGCAUCUCUAAAGGGUGCCUCGGGGCAUCUGUAUCUGACACCCAGGGCCACUGAUCAAGCGUUGGUGCGCAAGUUUGGAUUAAGACUGGGUUUUUGUUUGUUUAAACAAGAACUGGUGCCUAAAAUGCCUUUGUUUAUUGUAGAUAUUUAUUAAAAAAUAUUUGCAAAUAUGCACAUUUUAAGAUUGUCACAACAAGUCUGGAGCACACAGAUUGUUUCAAGUUUGCACAAUUUUAAUCUUAUUUUGUAAAUAUCUAAGUAUGUGCUGAUGUUUUAAGGCAAUACUUUAAUCAGUGCUUCAUGGACACUGGCAUGAACUUCAUGCUACUCUGUAUUAAUAAUUAUAGCAUUGACGGAGGCAACAUUUGUGAAUCAGAAUAAAAGCAUUUUCAAACAAUGACUUUAAACCGUUUCCUCUCAUAUCUCUUCAUCUUUCCCUCCAGCAGGAUAACAAUAUUGACUUUCUCUGCUGCAUGCACGACUCCAGCCAAGAUUUCAAGCGUUUACAAAGAGAUUUCCUUAAAUGGGACCUUAAAUGAUUUCUUGC